AACUUUAAAAAUUGGCAUAAUAAUAUACUAAAGCAAAAAUGUGGUGUUCGAUCAAUAUUUGAUACUGAUAAUAUGCUACAUAACAUACAGUCUUCACGUUCAACGAGUUCCUCGAAAAAAAGCCUGGAAAAAAGCAAUAGGAGCUAUAAUCUUGAUCCUAAAUUUAUAAAUAGAUUCUAUGGGCUAAAUCUGAAAGAAGAAAAAAAAAUUCCAUGUCUUUUAGGUUGAUCGCUUGUAUUUUUUCAUGGAAUAUCUGAAUCAAAAUAAAUACAAACGUAUGAAAUCUAUAGUUCUUUUCUUUCACUUGCAUUCCUUCUUGUUAUUGCAGAUAUCUUCUAUAAUAUGUAAAUCUUUUUUGAGAAACUAUGUCAAAGUCUUCACAAGAUCAAUAUCGAAAGAAAACAACCACUAAUAGUAAGCAGUUAAUCUUUCAUUUUCAGCUGACUCCAUUUUCGAUUCUUCUAGAUAACUUUUCUGUAAAACAAGAAAAUAGUGAUCAGCAGCAUUCAUCAUCUAUUCAAGUAAAUUAAAAAAAGCAUAUCUAUGAUUAUAAUGUGAUGAUAUUUAUUGUCUCUCUUGUCUGGCCAUCUUCAUCAUCGAAUAAUACUUCAACAAAAUCAUCUGCACUAAGAGAAAAAGAAAAUUUGAUUCAUACUCAAGCAUUCCAAGCAACCAAUGAGAUACCAAAUUUGGUGAAUCUUUUGAGCUGUUUUAUUAGAAUAAAACGAUGUCAGGUAGAAAUUCUAUAUGAUAAAUAGAAGACAACCACUAUUUUUCACUUGCUUUCUAAAAAUUUAAUUUCGGGUGGAUAAAGAUAUUUGCACUCCCGGUAAAAAUCUUGAAGGGAAUCUUGAGCUUCAAGCGCAAGCAGCUGAAAAGGAACAACACAAUACCACAUGUUCACAGCCGCUAAAUUUUGAUACAAUAGAGAUAACGUCAUCAAUUCCUCGAGAUAUUCAUUUCUAUAACUAUUUUGGUGUGCAGUGUAGAUAUCAGACUAAAUCAUCAUGUUUUUGCGCUCCUAUAUGUCUUUCAUUUUCUUACUUUAUCUAUUUUCCAUAUCAUUAGUGCUCCUAUAAUUUUGUUUUGCUACAUAUUCUCUGUGCUACUAUUGAUCUAUUGAUUUAUCCGUGUUAUUUUCACAUGACAUACAAGUUCACUGCAACAGAAUACCAACUGUUCACAUAGUUUGUCCACAUCGAAUUUCGCUGAGGAUGGAAGUAAAAUAUUUUAUGGUGUAUGUAUUUUGCCAAAUGCAUUAUUUUCAUUGUCCAUUUACAAUUCAGUUAUAUCGAUAGACCUUCCUUCUACAAUGGGAAGAACAAUAGCAGGAAUUAUUCCAUAUUUAGUUUUUUCAGGCGUUGGUGUAGCCAUCUACGAAACAGUAAAUGGAUAAGAAUUUUUGUUCUGAAACCAUGCCAGAGCUUAAACACUCUGUUAGUAAACAUAAUUUGUUUGUGUGUGUGUGUUAUUGUUGCGCGUUUUUAUGAAACUAUUUUUGUAAUUGAAAUCGCCUCUACUUAUACGCACACCCCUUUAUUUAUUCUAGAUAUAAAACUAGUCUUUAACUGAAUAAUCGUUAAAUGAACCAGAGCAACGACAAAUGUAACAUAUUCAUGAAAGUGAUCUGCUGUUGCUGAAUCGUCAAUAUGACAGAAUGGAAGUGAUAUCACCAACAGAGAUAAGUGCUGAAGAAUCAAUAGAUAUUCACAAUAAAAAGUAUAAAUGUCAUGGAAAUAAGAAAUUAGUUUCAAACGAAAAUGGAGAGCACGAGGUUUGAAUGAAUUAGAGAUCAUUACAUAUGUGACAAAUCAUUAAAAGAGUCGAUGAUCAAUGAUCAAAUAAAAACAUUAAAUAAACGAAAGAAAAGAUCAUCAAAAGAAAAAUUAACAAAUAAAUCUGAGAUAUCAGUGAGCCAAUCAUCUAUAUCACAAGGAAUAUUUAAAAAAAUGAAGAGUUCUCAGAUUGAAAUGGCUAUGAAAAAUUUCGAAAUAUUCCAAUUGAUAUUAUUCGAAAGUUAGCUCUUAUUGUCAUUAAAGAAAAUGUUUCUGUUUGUUAGUCUGUAGACUAACCAAAACGUUUAUUAUAUCUUUCUUCUUGUCGCAAGCUUCCACAUCUAACCCAACUUCGCCUCUUUUCCAAUACCAGUUCACAUAGGUCUCUUGACCAAUAGAUAGAUAAGAGAAGGAAGAGAGGUAGUGGGCAGAGAUAGCGCCACUACCUAACACUGUUUAUGAGAAGAAAUUCUAUCAACAAGCCAUUGGUGGUGCAAUGGGCUUAGGAUUUACUUUGACACUAGCUAAUAUUCUCAUGUGCAAAAUGAAAGAAACAACUUGCUCACCGACUUGUAACAUCCAAUGAAAUAUACGGCUGGUAUUUAACAUGGUUCAUAAAAGAAUAUACUUUGACUAUUAUAUCUCAUUUUAGAUAUGUUAACAAUAUUUUCUUUACAUCGAACGAUUCACUCGAAUCUAUCGGCCAAAUGUUAGAUGGAGCUAAUAACUUUCAUCCAAAUAUUAAACUAGUGCGACAAAUCGGUAGAAGUGUUCCAUUUCUUGAUGUAUUCAUUCAGAACAGUAACGGAGCAUUAAUAACUUCAGUGUAUCAUAAAGCAGCAGCUGAGUCAUAUGUGGUACAAUUCGGACCAGAUCAUCCUGGUCAUAUUUUUGGAAACACUGUUGAUACUGCUAUUAUGAUAGCAGUUCGUUAUUCAACAACCUUGUCACAAUUCGAAGAAGUACGAAAAAUGAAACUCAUGUUUCUCUAUAAUGGGUACCAACCAAGACAUAUCGAUUGGCGACUCAGUACAUUAUUCAGUAAAUAUUUAUCUAAACAUUUCAUUUUGCCUUUGCUCAAUAACUCUGAUGACUUCAGUUAUUUACUUCAUCAGCUAUUGACAACAUCAACAGAUACAACAUACGAUACAACAACCAAACGGUCAACUACCUAUCAAACUCAUGACAAAAACAUGCAAAACCAGCUUCCGCAACCCACAGAGAACAACGAAUUCACAGCAAGAAAACGUCUCAUAAUUCAUGGAAGGCAUGAAAAAAGACUCAGCAAUUAUCAGCGAUAUAUUCAUGAAUUGUGGAGUCGCACUUUCGAUGGUACAGAGAUAAUCAAUACUUCUCUAAACGUUGGAACUUAUUUGAAUCCCAAUUUAAAACAACAAUUGCUGACCAGCAUGAUCAAACAUAUUCCACAUGGGAGAAGCAAUCCAGGGAGCAAAAUGCAACAUGAAACUGAUAAACAAACACAGAAUUUUCAAGCAAAUCUAACCUGGCAAUAA